UGUUGAGGGUGGCUUUAUUUUGAAAAUCUUGUCCGGAUGUCUUAUGUUGUUUGUUACUAACUUGACACCGGUGCGCUAGUCUUGAACGAUGAAAAAAGGCUCCCGAGACCCACCGGACACCAGUGGAUCCACUUCGGACGCAGUGUGGAGCAGCAGCCAGGAUGAUCCCAGUGGGUGAAUUCAGAAAUUUCGGCACAGAGCAGAGCUCAAAGUAUCGGGUCCUGAAACCGUGGUGGGAUGUUUUCUCAGAGUACCUGUGCAUUGCUAUGCUUAUGAUUGGAGUCUUUGGGUGCACCUUGCAGCUCACCCAAGACAAGAUUGCUUGCCUGCCCAGCCACUUCACCAGCCCGACGCCUGAAGCAAUCGACUGCAGCUACAUCCGGACCUACAGGGAGAAUGAGACGUCGCAGCACACACUGGUCAGACCUGUCAACCCGGUCAUCCAGGAGGUGGUUGGUCGCAAGAACAACCUGGACAUCCACCAAUACGUGUUUGUCAACCACUAUUGCUACGAGAGGUUUGUCCACUGGUAUGCGAAGUUCUUCCCGUACCUCGUUGUGAUCCACACUAUGAUUUUCAUGAUAGCAAGCAGCUUCUGGUUCAAGUUCCCCGGGACGUCUUCUAAAAUUAACCUGUUCGUUACCAUCCUCGAGAGGUGCUUUGAUUCGCCCUGGACCACGAGGGCCCUGAGUGAAGUUUCUGAGGAAAGAGGAGAGGAGAAACUGGUUAGUUGGAGGAGGAACACUGUGUCAAAAGAUCCCAUGGAUCAACAAGCAGACGAUGAGGAAACUAUAGGGCUUCUUCGCUCCUCGUCCGUCAAGUCUAAUCCAGAAAAGAGAAGUCCAGAGCCUCAGUCGGCCCCCUCUGUCUUGGAUAAGAAGGAAGGAGAGCAGGCCAAAGCUCUGUUUGAAAAGGUGAAGAAGUUCAGAACUCAUGUAGAGGAAGCAGAAAUCUUGUAUCGCAUGUAUGUGCUACAGACAUCACUGAAAGUCUUCAAGUUCCUGUUAAUCAUUAUCUACACUGCAGUGCUGGUACCGAACAUUGAGAUAGUAGUGCGCUGUUAUGUUCCUCCUGAGCUGACUGGCUUUGAUAUCUAUUGCUGUAACCACAACAAAGCCCAUCUUUUCUCCAAGCUUGCUUACUGCUAUAUCUUCUUUGUGGGGAUGUAUGGACUUCUGUGCAUCUACACCCUUUACUGGCUGUUUCAUAGACCUCUGAAGGAGUACUACUUUGAGCAGGUCAGACUGGAGAUGGGUAUUAACGACAUACCGGACGUGAAGAAUGACUUUGCAUUCCUCCUGCACCUUGUGGACCAAUAUGAUGCUCUCUACUCUAAAAGAUUUGCUGUCUUUCUCUCUGAGGUCAGUGAGAGUCACCUCCAUCAGCUCAACCUCAAUUAUGAGUGGACCGCCAAAAAGCUGCGCACCCGUCUCUCCAGGAACACCAGUAACCGGUUGGAGCUCCACCUGUUAAUGUUGCCGGGGCUCCCCGAUACAGUCUUUGAGAUUCCUGAAGUGGAAUCGCUCAAACUGGAGCAAGUUAAAAAUGUCACCAUCCCAGCUAGUGUGGCAAAGCUAGACUCUCUUCGGGAGUUAUCACUGAUCUACUGCCCUGCAAAGCUUCAGCUGCCUGCCCUGAACCACCUCAAGAAACAUUUAAAUGUCCUACGUCUAGAUUUUGAAAGUUUAGAAGAGGUGCCUGUGUGGAUGUACACCCUGCAUGGCCUGGAGGAGUUACAUCUGAAUGGUCCUUUAACCAAUGAGGUGUCCAGAAGUGCCUCUCUGGACUCCCUUCGAGAGCUUAGAGCUCUGAGAGUCCUCACUCUCCGCUCCAAUCUUACUAAGAUCCCACCCAGCGUAGUGGAUGUUGCAUUGCAGCUGCAGCAGUUGUGCAUCAAUAACGAAGGUGUCAAGCUCCAAGUUUUCAGCAGCCUGAAGAAGUUAACCAACAUCAUCUCAUUGGAGUUAGUGGGCUGUGAGUUGGAGCGCAUCCCAAGUGCUGUCUUCAGCCUGAACAAUCUGCAGGAGUUGGACCUGAAGGAAAACAAACUUACCACUGUGGAGGAGAUUCUCAGUUUACAGCACUGCCAGCGUUUAGUGACACUCCGACUGUGGCACAACAAAAUCACUUACAUCCCCGAUCAUAUCAGUAAGCUGCACACCCUGGAGACGCUGGACAUUAGCUGGAACAAGCUACGAAAGCUUCCCUCUCGGCUGUUUUAUUGCACCAAACUCAGGCACCUCGAUGUCUCCCACAACCAGCUCACCUCUCUUCCUCCUGAGGUGGGCAUCCUGCAGGGUCUCCAGUUCUUCGCCGCUGCUUUCAACUCUUUAGAGACGCUGCCAGAGGAGCUGUUCUCCUGUAAAAAGCUAAAGACGUUGGCUCUUGGAAACAACUGCCUGUCGUGCCUUAGCUCCAGAGUGGCCAACCUGACGCAGCUGGUCCGACUGGAGAUUAAAGGGAACCGUCUGGAGUCUCUGCCUCUGGAGAUAGGGGAUUGUCCCCUGCUGUCUCUCAGUGGACUGAUAGUAGAGGACAACAUGCUGGAUCUGCUGCCAGCAGAUGUACGAAGCACGUUGACUAAUGCCUGAGUUUGAGGAGCUAACGGCUGUCAUUGACUCAUCUUUUCUCAGUGUAGCAUGGUGGCCGAUAGAGGUCUGACUUGCAUGGAGAAAAGAAUUAACAGAGAAUUAAUCCAUGCCUCUGGGUGGAAGUUUUCAAAUAAAACAUGACAAAAAGGGAAACAUACCACAUAACACUGAAAAACUUUUUUAUAAAAUCAGUCAUCAUGAAAUGUGUGUUCAAAUCUGUGUCAAUAAGUGAAAAAUCCAAAUGAUCUCUUUUGUCAUUAUACUCAGGUACAAUGAAAUUCUGUAUGGCUUCUCCGCAUGUAGUUAAAAUAAAAAACAAAUAGAUAAAAGCAGUACCAGAAAACAGCAGUAAUAGCACCAUAAUAUUAAAAAUAAAGUAAAAUUAUACAUUUACAAAUGUACAGAGGUUGAAUGUUAUAAAUAUUAAUAAACAGGUGCUAAAUCUUUGUGUUUAUAAAUAGUGUCUGUGGUAGCAGUCUCUGAGGGUGGGGGAUGUGUACGUGCAUGUGUGUGUGUGUCAAAUCAACUUUUUAUGCAUUUUCAUAAAAAUACCUUUUUAAAUAAAUAUUUUACCAAGUUUAUAGGUGUCCUAUAAA